CUCUCCCUCUCUGUGUGCGAGGGGUGUCUGCGUGUGCGUGUGGGAGGGCUGCGAAUGGGUUGGCAGAUUCGAGGUGAUUGGUAAUGAUGAGGCCUCUGGUUCUCUUGGGUCGGGGGUCCAGGGCUCGGGUGUGGCUGGCGUUGUGCGUGGUGGUGGUGGUGGCCAGGAGUUUGGCAAAGGCACAAUGCCCCUACGCGCUGCAGGCCGGGAGCUUUGAUCCCUGGGUGACCGCAGACUUUGAGCCACAGACCCCGGCGGCCAGCAAUGAGUCGGACGCUCUGGUGCGUGCCAACGAUGCUUUUCACGAGAUCUACACCGCCUCGGGUCGAGCUGUACGCCCGACGCCGCUGAUUCUGCUGGAAAACGACUAUCUGGUGGUUUGGGAGAACCAGACUUUGCGGCGUGUCUUGGGCUCCAUUACCCCUGACGUCUAUCACGAGCUGAAGAUGGUAGCACACAUUCCGUUGGCUCUGUCGGUGGCGUUGCAGCCCGUGUUUGGACGCGUACCUCCAAACACGAACCCCAGCGAUUUGACCCGCUACUGCCUCAAUGGCACGGUUUUGGAGAAUCUGCAGACGCUUCAGCAGCACUGGCUGAACUUGACCGCUGCGGGCCUGACGACGCGCUUCCAGCAGUAUGGAGUUUUGAAUCAGAGUCAAGUCCAGGCCCAAGUCACCAUCUGGAACACGACCCUGACUCUUGCCACCACCCUCAUUCAAAACAAGAGCCUUGCGCACAGCCAGCUGCAGGACUUUGCCGAACACAUGGAGCCCUUGCUUAUUGAUAGCAUCAACGUGGCGGCCGCGGGCCAAGUCGACCAGCUUCACGCUCUAUUUUCCAGCUACGUUCAUUCGCUGGACGAGUCGGCUCGUGAACGCUUGCUCGUGGGCGUCACCACAUCGACCAUGGCUCGCAACCAAUCCCUGGCCGUCCAAUACUUUGCACGCUAUUACAACGUGGAGGGUGAGCGCAACCAGCGCUUCUACGUGAUGGAGGAAGUGGAGACUGAAAGUCUGGGCCUUCAGCUUAUGGCCACUCAUGUCACCGACUCGGCAGCUGGUCAGCUCUUCUUUGACGACCAGUACCGCCUGUGGCGCGAUGCCCUAAGCGAUGGCGCUCGCGCCCGUUUGAAUCAACUCUUCAACCAUACGACAACCACCACUCCGACCCCCGCUUCAACCAGUGCCCCUUCAACCACGAAAGCAGCCAAUAACACCACCGCCACGGCCGCCACGACCGCAACCACAGCAACAAGUCUACCUCCGAACACCACUGCCCAUGCCACGACCACCGUCACAGCUGCUCCUUGUGCCAGCACCGCCCCGAGCCCCCACCCCGUGCACUGCAGCCGCAGCUGGAUUGAGGGUUGUGCCGUGGGCGUUGGCAGUACCGCCGCGCUCUUCAUCCUGGUUUUGCUCGCCUUCAAAUGCCGCAAGGCAAAAUUGGCCUCUUCCGCCGACGAACACAACCUCAAAUGCGAGGCGAUGAGGCGCCAGUGUGUGUGUGUGUGUGUGUGUGUGUGUGUGUGUGUGUGUGUGUGUGUGUGUGUGUGUGUGUGUGUGUGUGUGUGUGUGUGUGUGUGUGUGGUGUGUGUGUGUGUGUGUGUGUGUGUGUGUGUGUGUUGUUCAACGAAUCAACGGGUGCUGAGCUGGGAAAGGCGACACAGUACGAGGACGAUGAAGGUAGAUGUGGGUAGCCACGCGCGCGUCAAGGCGCUUGAAAAGCAGUUUGAGGAGGCGCUGAAAAAGUAUUUGCAGACGCAAAAGAAGGGCGCCAAGGCCAGCAAGGAAUUUGCUCUGAUUGAGCACCACAUGAAGCGGGUUUGUACGCGCACCAUGGGCCUUUUCAAGCAAAACGUGACGGUCAAGGGCCAGGCCUGGAACUACGAGGUCGAGUCGCUCAACGACGAUGCUGAACCAGAAAGCGAGCGGCUCAAAUCAGCAGCCGCGGCACUCGAGGAGCAAUAUGUGGGCCUGGUCGAGCGCGCUACCCAGCUCCGCCGUUCCUUGGACCGUCAGCUCCAACCCGUGGCAGAAGUAGCUGCCAAGCGUCCAAAGAUUGACGAGCACUCUGCCUCGACAGGAGCGGCAGGGCCUUUGUCCGUAAAGGCCGGUAAGUGUCUCUGUGUGGCUCUCUCUCUCUCUCUCUCUCUCUCUCUCUCUCUCUCUCUCUCUCUCUCUCUCUCUCUCUCUCUCUCUCUCUCUCUCUCUCUCUCUCUCUCUCUCUCUCUCUCUCUCUCUCUCUCUCUCUCUCUCUCUCUCUCUCUCUCUCUCUCUCUCUCUCUCUCUCUCUCUCUCUCUCUCUCUGAGAACGAUAGCUCAAACUGA